AUGCCUCCGCCGCGUGAGCACCACCAGCCCCACGAGGAGGACGACGACGACACCGCAGGCGUCGUCAAGCUCAUCAGCACCGAGGGCUUCGAAUUCGUCGUCGACAAGAAGGCCGCCAUGGUCUCCAACACCCUCCGCAACAUGCUCACAUCGCCAGGCGGCUUCUCCGAGACGCGCCAGGGCGAGGUCCGCUUCCCGGAGAUCCCCUCCCACAUCCUCGAGAAGAUCUGCCAGUAUUUCUACUGGUCGCUCCAUUACUCCAGUGGGAAGGAGACAGCUGAAUUUCAGAUCGAACCAGAGAUCACCCUGGAGCUGAUGAUGGCCGCAAACUACCUGGACACUUGA